UGUGUGCGUGUGAUUUGCUCUCGCUCGGCGGCUGGUUGGAGCAGCAGCGGCGGUGUUACAGUGGAAGAAGGCUGACAUGCUCAACAACGUAACCGACUGUGAGGAGGGCGAGGGGGGCACCAACAGCCAGGGAGAUGGAAACCCCAAAGAGAGCAGCCCUUUUAUCAACAGCAGCAGCAGCAGUGAUGUUGAAAAGAGCCAGCAGUAUGAUGGCAAAAACAUGGCCUUGUUUGAGGAGGAGAUGGACACGAGUCCCAUGGUUUCCUCUUUGCUCAGCAGUCUGGCCAAUUACUCUAACCUGCCACAGGGCAGCAAGGAACACGAGGAGGCUGAGAACAAUGAGGAGGCCCGCAAGAAACCAGUACAGGCUCCUCGUAUGGGCACAGUGAUGGGUGUGUACCUGCCGUGUAUGCAGAACAUCCUGGGUGUGAUUCUGUUCCUCAGGAUGACCUGGCUUGUGGGCGUCGGUGGGGUCAUGGGCACCUUCCUCAUUGUCUUCAUGUGCUGCUCAACAACUAUGCUGACUGCCAUUUCAAUGAGUGCAAUUGCCACAAAUGGAGUUGUGCCAGCUGGUGGGUCCUACUAUAUGAUCUCACGUUCACUGGGACCGGAGUUUGGCGGGGCAGUGGGGAUCUGUUUCUACCUGGGCACCACCUUUGCUGGAGCUAUGUACAUCCUGGGCUGCAUUGAGAUCUUACUGGUCUAUAUAGUGCCGCAGGCUGCUAUAUUUCAGAUUGAGGGUCUGGAGGGACCAGAGGCUGAAGCAGGAAUGCUCAACAACAUGCGUGUGUACGGCACCAUUGUGCUCUCUUUCAUGGCUCUGGUCGUCUUUGUUGGCGUCAAGUAUGUCAACAAGCUGGCUCUGGUCUUCCUCGCCUGUGUCAUCCUCUCCAUCUUGGCUGUGUAUGCUGGGGUUAUCAAGUCCGCUUUCGACCCACCGGACUUUCCGAUCUGUAUGCUGGGAAACCGAACCCUAAUGUCCAAGGGCUUAGAUAUCUGCGCAAAGACCAUAGAGCGAGGCAACAGCACAGUCACCACUAAGCUCUGGAGACUCUUUUGCGACUCAGAAUUCCUCAACGCCACCUGUGACGAAUACUUCACCAAUAACAACAUCACUCAGGUCCAGGGCAUCCCCGGAGUGACCAGUGGCAUCCUGGCAGAGAAUCUCUUUAGCUUCUUCAUGGAGAAGAAUGAAAUAUUGGAAAAGAGAGGAAUACCAGCUGUGGUUGACCCCGACAUUCCAGCAACCAACACUAACCGCUACGUACUAGCUGACAUCACCAGCUUCUUCACCCUACUGGUGGGCAUCUACUUCCCUUCUGUCACAGGUAUCAUGGCUGGCUCAAACCGGUCUGGUGACCUGCAGGACGCACAGAAGUCCAUCCCAAUCGGCACCAUCCUGGCCAUCUCCACCACCUCCACAAUAUACAUGUCCUGUGUGGUUCUGUUUGGGGCCUGUGUUGAGGGAGUGGUCUUGAGAGACAAGUUUGGUGAAGGCGUGAAUGGUAACCUGGUCAUUGGUACCUUAGCAUGGCCCUCCCCCUGGGUUAUUGUGUUUGGUUCCUUCUUCUCCACCUGUGGGGCGGGGCUUCAGAGCUUGACUGGAGCACCUCGCCUCUUACAGGCCAUUGCUCGGGACGGGAUCAUCCCCUUCCUCAGGGUGUUUGGUCAUGGGAAGGCUAACGGUGAGCCCACAUGGGCUCUGCUCCUGACAGCCAGCAUCUGUGAGAUUGGCAUCAUCAUCGCCUCUCUGGACGCUGUAGCGCCCAUUCUCUCCAUGUUCUUCUUGAUGUGCUACAUGUUUGUGAAUCUGGCCUGCGCUCUGCAGACUCUCCUCAGGACCCCGAACUGGAGGCCACGCUUCAAAUUCUACCAUUGGGCUCUAUCUUUCCUGGGCAUGAGCUUGUGUCUCUCCCUGAUGUUCAUCUGCUCCUGGUAUUACGCUAUUGUGGCUAUGGGCAUAGCUGGCUGCAUCUACAAAUACAUCGAGUUCUGCGGGGCUGAGAAAGAGUGGGGUGAUGGGAUACGUGGGAUUUCUCUCAGCGCUGCCCGUUAUGCUCUGAUGAGGCUGGAGGAAGGACCCCCACACACAAAGAACUGGAGGCCUCAGAUCUUGGUGCUCGUGGGUUUGGAUGGAGAGCAGAACGUGGAGCAGCCACGGUUGCUGUCAUUGACCAAUCAGCUGAAGGCGGGCAAAGGCUUGACCAUCGUGGGCGCUUGUGUAGAGGGCACCUAUCUCAACAACCACCCACAGGCACAGAAAGCAGAUCAGUCCCUGAGGAAGCUGAUGGAGACAGAGCGGGUGAAGGGUUUCUCUCAGGUGGUUAUCUCCUCUAACCUGCGUGAUGCCACGUCUCACUUGAUCCAGGCUGGGGGACUCGGAGGCUUACGCCACAAUGCUGUGCUUGUCAGCUUUCCCAAAAACUGGAAACAGGCGGCGGACAACCAGCGCCUGAGGAACUUUAUCGAGGUUGUCAGGGAGACCACAGCAGCUCACUUGGCUCUGAUAGUGCCCAAGAACAUCUCUGCAUAUCCUUCAAAUGGCGAGCGCUUCACUGAGGGCCACAUCGAUGUCUGGUGGAUUGUGCAUGAUGGAGGCAUGCUGAUGCUCCUGCCCUUCCUGCUGCGCCAGCACAAGGUGUGGAGGAAGUGUAAGAUGCGCAUCUUCACUGUGGCUCAGAUGGAUGAUAACAGCAUUCAAAUGAAGAAGGACCUGUUGACCUUCCUCUACCACCUGCGCCUGGAUGCUGAAGUGGAGGUGGUGGAAAUGCAUGACAGUGAUAUCUCAGCCUACACCUAUGAGAAAACACUGGUGAUGGAGCAAAGAUCUCAGAUUCUCAAAGAGAUGCACCUGACCAAGAACGAGCGGGAGAGAGAGAUUCAAAGCAUCACAGAUGUGUCCCGUGGCUCCAUCCGCCGAAAGAACCCAUCUAACCUGCAUCCCCAGAAAAGCAUCACCGAGGAGCCAGCAGGGGGCAGCAUGGAGGAGAAACCAGAGGAAGAGUCUCUCCGUCUCUCCCGUCCUCGACAGGUGCAGCUCAUCCAGGGUAAGAAUGCCAUGCCCACUCCCACAAGCCCCACCUCCCCGGCUUCACUAAGCGUGGGGGCAGUGACCCCUGGAGAGGAGGUGCAGAUGACCUGGAGCGACGAUAUAGAUAAGGGAAAGAAUCCAGCCGUGGCUAACCCAGAGACUGUCAGAGAUAUGUUCAAUAUGAAACCGGAAUGGGAAAACCUGAACCAGUCAAAUGUGAGGCGCAUGCAUCACGCACAGAAGCUGAAUGAAGUCAUUGUGAAAAAGUCACAAGAAGCAAAGUUGGUCCUACUAAACAUGCCUGGACCUCCCAAAAACCUCACAGGAGAGGAGAACUACAUGGAGUUCCUGGAGGUGCUGACUGAGGGUCUCAAUCGGGUCCUCCUUGUGCGCGGUGGAGGACGUGAGGUUAUCACCAUCUACUCUUGAAGGGCAAAGCUCACCAAAUCUUUCUCAUCCCAUUUUCCUACUGCAUAGACUGAACACCCCAGUGUCCACAGACGCCACCAUGAGCAAUAUAGCCCCAGCACAUAUCAGA